AAAAUUUAAAGAAAAAUUUAGGGAAUCGGAUUUGAAUGGUAUAAGAUGGGCUAUAUUUUACCCCGUCUAUCCAAUUAGGCCAUGCCCAAACGAGCAUGACUUCAAAGAACGACUAUGUCGUCUGUUACGCCCCUCUCCCUUCAUCCCCCACCCCCCAGCACGUCGUCGUCCUCCCUCUGUACCGCCCAGCUCCGAGUCGCCGUCGUAUUCACCGCUACCUCGCCGUCGCCACCGUUCUCUUCCUCCUCUCCCUAGCCAUAUUUCUCCUCUACCCCUCCGACCCGACCAUCAAACUCGCCCGAGUCCGGCUCAACCAUGUCCAAGUCAAAUCAUCCCAUGGACUCUACCUCGACCUAUCGUUCUCUCUCACCAUCAAGGUCUACAACCGGGACUUCUUCUCCCUGGACUACAAUUCCCUGGUUGUCUCGGUCGGCUACCGAGGGAGGGAGCUAGGGUUUGUUAGCUCCCAGGGUGGGCGCGUCAGGGCCAGAGCUUCGUCUUACGUGAACGCCACGCUCGAUCUCAAUGGGUACGAGGUCAUUCACGACGCGUUUUACUUUAUCGAAGAUUUGGCCAGGGGUGUAAUUCCUUUUGAUACCGAUACGGAAGUGAGUGGAGUAUUAGGCCUCUUCUUCUUCCAAAUUCCUCUCAAGGCAAGGGUAUCUUGCGAGGUGUAUGUAAAUUCAAACAACCAGACAAUCAUCCGCCAAGAUUGCUACCAUGAGUGAUGGGGGUAGAUAUCAAUAUGGCAGAAAUUCUCCGUUAUGAGUUGGGAGCUGAACAUAGGGUUGGGUGAUGGAGGUGAAAUAUUGAAGGGCAUUGGGACCAAAGCAGUGUAUAAAUAUUUGGAGUAGACCUGUUUAUUCAUAAUGCAUUUAUGGUGUAAAAGUCUACAAGGGAUUGUUGGAGUGGUUUGUAUUGGUAUUGCUUUAGGUGUUGAUUCUGACAUCUAAUUUUGCACAGCGAUCUCUUAUUAAAAAUUCUCGCACUAUGUUGAACAACCUUUCACCUUUGGAAUUAUGUUUCUUCUCUUUCUUUUGUUGGACAUACCUGAUUAUUCAGUACCAUUUGGGCGGUAUCUCACAAAAUGCUUACUGGGGCUAGCUGCACCAUCACAAAACUAUAGGCAUUCGUGAGAUGUUUCAUGCCUAUGCUAGACUUGUCAUGUUGUGUCCAAUAAAAGAGUUUAUGUGAUGAAAA